AUGCUGCGUUCCUUCGCUCAAAUGCACUUCGAGAUGCACGAUGGCAAAGUACUAAGACGCUACUCAGGUGGGAUUCCAUGUGACUUUGCAACGAACAAAGUUCAUCGCCGAUUGGAGACCAAGGUUGAGCGGUCGGAAUUUACGACUUACAUCUUGCGAUACAAUGAUGACAGGUCUAUGACCAUACGGGAGACGGAAGCAAAUGCAGCUUUGCUGAUACUUGCUGGCAGUGAGACGACGGCCAGCCUACUCUCCGUGUUCACCUAUUAUAUCAUGGCAAACCCUUUGGCCUAUAGGAAACUCGUGGAUGAAAUCCGAGGAUCAUUCAACUCUUACGAAGAUAUUGAUUUCCAGAGAGUUGGUCAACUGACUUACCUGAACGCAGCACUCGAGGAAAGUCUGCGGGUUUACCCACCUGUUCCGGCUAUUAUUCCGCGGGUUGUACCUAAGGAGGGUGCAUUGAUAGUUCCAGAGAACCCGACUCGUUUAUCCCCGAGAGAUGGCUGGAUAGCAGAGACAAACGCUUCGAGUCGGACAAGUCGGACAGCAGUUCAACCAUUCUCACUUGGGCCCCGUAACUGUCUUGGAAGAAAUCUUGCCUAUGCAGAAAUGCGUCUAAUUAUGACCAAGGUCUUCUGGAGCUUUGAUAUGACCAUGGACGAGAGUUCAGCCGCUUGGAAUAUCCAGAAAUCCUACAAUAUUUGGGAACGCAAGCCAUUAAUGGCAAACCUCUCGCUGGCACAACAUUGA